UGGGGGCGGGGAGGAGAGGCGGCGGCGGCGUCCGAGCUACGCCACACGGGGCCGGGGCGCCGGGAGCCGGAGCGCAGCGCGGGGUCGUGGCGGCGGCGGUGAGGGAAGCGGGGCGGAGGAGGUGGAGCCAUGGCGGGCCAGCAGUUCCAGUACGAUGACAGCGGGAACACCUUCUUCUACUUCCUCACCUCCUUCGUGGGGCUCAUCGUGAUCCCCGCCACCUACUACCUCUGGCCGCGAGACCAGAAUGCGGAGCAAAUUCGAUUAAAGAAUAUCAGAAAAGUAUACGGAAGAUGUAUGUGGUAUCGUUUACGGUUAUUAAAACCCCAGCCAAAUAUUAUUCCUACAGUAAAGAAAAUAGUUCUGCUUGCAGGAUGGGCAUUGUUCUUAUUUCUUGCCUACAAAGUUUCCAAAACAGACCGAGAAUAUCAAGAGUACAAUCCUUAUGAAGUAUUAAAUUUGGAUCCUGGAGCAACAGUAGCAGAAAUUAAGAAACAAUAUCGCUUGUUGUCACUUAAAUAUCAUCCAGAUAAAGGAGGUGAUGAAGUCAUGUUCAUGAGGAUAGCGAAAGCUUACGCAGCUUUAACAGAUGAAGAGUCUCGGAAAAAUUGGGAAGAAUUUGGAAAUCCAGAUGGGCCUCAAGCCACAAGCUUUGGAAUUGCUUUGCCAGCUUGGAUAGUUGACCAGAAAAAUUCGAUUCUGGUUUUACUUGUGUAUGGAUUGGCUUUUAUGGUUAUCCUUCCUGUUGUUGUGGGCUCUUGGUGGUAUCGGUCCAUACGAUAUAGUGGAGACCAGAUUCUAAUCCGUACAACACAGAUUUAUACAUACUUUGUUUAUAAGACUCGGAAUAUGGAUAUGAAGCGUCUCAUCAUGGUUUUAGCUGGAGCUUCUGAAUUUGAUCCUCAAUAUAAUAAAGAUGCCACAAGCAGGCCAACAGAUAAUGUUUUAAUACCUCAGCUAAUCAGGGAAAUUGGCAGCAUAAAUUUAAAGAAGAAUGAACCUCCACUUACCUGUCCAUAUAGCCUGAAGGCCAGAGUUCUUUUACUGUCUCAUCUUGCUAGAAUGAAAAUUCCUGAGACACUGGAAGAAGAUCAACAGUUCAUGCUGAAAAAGUGUCCUGCUCUGCUUCAGGAAAUGGUGAAUGUAAUCUGCCAGUUGAUAAUAAUGGCCUGGAGCGUGGAAGAAAGGGAGUUUCGUGCUCCAACUUUGGCAUCCUUAGAAAACUGCAUGAAGCUUUCCCAGAUGGCUGUUCAGGGGCUGCAGCAGUUCAAGUCUCCUCUUCUGCAGCUCCCUCACAUCGAAGAAGACAAUCUUAGAAGAGUUUCGAACCACAAAAAGUUCAAAAUUAAAAGUAUCCAGGAUUUGGUCAGUUUAAAAGAAGCAGAUCGUCAUAGUCUGCUGCACUUCCUUGAAGAUGAAAAGUAUGAAGAGGUCAUGGCAGUUCUUGGGAGUUUCCCGUAUGUGACCAUGGACAUAAAAUCACAGGUGUUGGAUGAUGAAGACAGCAACAACAUCACAGUAGGGUCCCUGGUCACAGUGCUGGUUAAACUGACGAGGCAGACGAUGGCUGAAGUGUUUGAAAAGGAGCAGUCCAUCUGUGCUGCUGAGGAACAGCCCACAGAAGACGGGCAGAGUGAUGCCAACAAGAACAAGGCCAAAGGAGGAUGGCAGCAGAAGAACAAAGGACCCAAGAAAAUGCCCAAAUCCAAAAAAAAGAAGCCUUUAAAAAAAAAACCCACAACUGUGCCCUUACCUCAGGGAAAGCAGCAGAAGCAAAAGCAGGCAAAUGGAGUUGUCGGAAGUGAAGCUGCAAUGAAGGAGGAAGAGGAGGACAUUUCUGACAAAGGCAGUGACUCUGAAGAGGAGGAGACCAAUAGAGACUCGCAGAGCGAGAAGGACGAUGGCAGUGACAGAGACUCCGACAGAGAGCAGGAUGAGAAGCAAAGCAAAGACGACGAAGCAGAGUGGCAAGAGCUCCAGCAAAGUAUACAGAGAAAGGAGAGAGCUCUUCUGGAGACCAAGUCGAAGAUAACACACCCUGUGUAUAGUCUUUACUUUCCCGAGGAAAAACAAGAGUGGUGGUGGCUUUACAUUGCAGAUAAGAAAGAACAAACAUUAAUAUCUAUGCCGUAUCAUGUGUGCACACUGAAGGACACAGAAGAGGUAGAGCUGAAGUUCCCUGCACCCGGCAGGCCUGGGAAUCACCAGUACACAGUGUUUCUGCGGUCGGACUCCUACAUGGGCCUGGACCAGACUAAACCACUGAAGUUGGAAGUUCACGAGGCCAAGCCCGUGCCAGAGAACCACCCACAGUGGGACACAGCAAUAGAAGGUGACGAAGACCAGGAAGACAGUGAAGGAUUUGAAGACAGCUUUGAGGAAGAGGAGGAGGAAGAGGAGGGUGGUGACUAAGCCGUGUGAGUGGACCACAGCGUUUGCACGUCCUGCAAACAUCUGCUGCUUUGUAAGUGACGAUCAAGCAGAAGCAGCGGAGAACUGGUGGGGAGGGAAGUGUUGGUGUCUUUACUGGAGACGGAUGCAAAAAAUAGGCCAUCGGUGCCAUGGUACAAUCUGAAAGGGGUUUUUAAAGCCUUUCUUCAGGUGUGGGGUGGUGCGUUGAUCUCACUACAAAUGAUAAUAAAUCUUUGAUGUUACAACUGUCGGAAGUGUGGGCUGUGCGUUACCUGGUGGAUCAUGCUCGCAGUAAGUCAAGGUGCACGAGGACUCUCUCUCUCCUUGUUGAGCUUUAGUUUUAGUAAACAUUAAAUAUGAUAAACAUCACAAAUAUGUUUUAAGUAAUGUCUGCUCAAGUUUCUAAUCUGUUAGACGCUCAUGUUCAUUUAUCAAUACUUUACAAGUGCUAAGAUUGUAACAGUUCAUGUGAGCUGAAACCUUAAUUUUCAUCUAUCUUGGCCAUCACUUAGCAUUCUCUCACAUUCCACAUAAUACAGAGGGCUAUAUUUUAGAAUUUUCCGUUCUUAAUUGCCCAGAGUUAGCAGACAUUAUAGACGUGGCUUUGGGUGGCUUUCAGACAGCCUCUGACAGCCUCCGGUUCUGUCAGUGCAGGAUCUAGGUCAUCCGAUAGGCUUCAGGGCCAGAGGUGAUUGUGGGACCACAAGUUCUCUGAUGUUUGCUUUGUGUCAUCAACCUUUUGGAAAAGGUUCACUAUAAAAGCUGAAUACAUUCGUAGCUCUUAAUCUACCUGACUCUGUCAGCAGCCUUUUAAAGGCAGUAAACAGCAUACAAAGGAGGCAGGUUUAUACUCAUUUGGACUCCUGUCAAUAAAAUAGAACUUUGACUCAUUUUAUGUUUGUAAUCGUGUGUGUCUUUUUACUCCUAGAGAAAGGGCAUAAAUAGGAUACUGUUUUAUUUUUCAACUCAAAGUUUAAUAUUGUACCUCACUGUGGAAGUGACUGCUAUCUCUGUAUACUCUUGGAAAACCCAGGAGCAAAAACUCUUUUUCUCUCAUUUAGUACAACCUAAAAGGGCAGUGCUCAACAUAGGGUAGAAAUGUGUGUGUGUGGUUAGUCACUGAGGUCAGAGGAAUAUUUUUAUUACUAGACAUAGAGGACACACAAGUCUACAAUACUAUAAGACUGAUCGCAAUAAUCCUAUCAAACUCCAUAGGCCAAAGUACUGUUGCAAUACUAACUUACGACCUUGUUUAUUUAAAAGGUUGCUACUCUUCCUGCAGAAUUAUCACUGGUAUUUUGUUACUACAGUAGUUGGAAAUAAAAUUUGAAAAUUACCAAAAAUA